AUGCCCCAAAUUCCGGAGUACAUCCGGGCGACGUCGAUGGUGUUCUGCAUCAUUAUCAUGUGUCUCGGCGUUAUCGGUAACAUUAUGGUCCCGAUUGUCAUACUCAAGACGAAGGAUAUGCGCAACUCGACCAACAUCUUUCUCACCAAUCUCAGCAUCGCAGAUCUGCUGGUUCUGCUCGUCUGCACACCAACCGUGCUGGUGGAGGUCAACUCACCGCCGGAGGUUUGGGUACUCGGCGAGGAAAUGUGCAAAGCAGUACCGUUCGUGGAACUAACGGUGGCACAUGCGAGCGUUCUAACGAUUCUGGCAAUAUCCUUCGAGCGGUACUACGCCAUCUGUGAACCACUGAAGGCUGGGUACGUCUGCACGAAGACGCGCGCCCUGCUGAUCUGCCUCGCGGCCUGGACGGUCGCCGCCAUCCUGACGAGCCCAAUCUUGAUGAUCUCGUCGUACGAGUACGUGGAGUACAUCGAUGGCAAUAUGGUGGCGGCUUGUCUAUCGCCGGUGGAUAGCUUUUGGCCGGCAUCGUUCUUCGUCGGCAGCAUCGUACUGUUCUUCAUCAUCCCGCUCUUCAUACUGGUCGUGCUGUACUCGGUGAUAGCGAAGAAUCUGAUGGACAAUCCGAGCAUCAUCAUGUCCAGCGCGUCCAGCGGCAAUCGGGGCAAUGUGUACAAGUAUCGCAAGCAGGUGAUCUUCAUGCUCGGUGCGGUGGUGGUAAGUUUCUUCGUCUGUCUACUUCCCUUCCGGGCACUUACACUCUGGAUCAUUAUCGUGCCGAGCGAGGCAAUCGUUUCGGUUGGUAUCGAGCGGUUCUACAUUCUGCUGUACUUCUGCCGCAUUAUGCUGUACAUGAACUCGGCCAUCAAUCCGAUCCUGUACAACUUGAUGUCGUCGAAGUUUCGCAACGGGUUCCUGCAGUUGCUUGGCUGUGGCAAGAUCGUACGCUCGGACAGCAUAUCGAGUGGCGCCCGCAAGGGUGGCGGUACGUUCCAUACGGGCUCGACGAAUCUGAGCAGUUCGCACGGUACCGGGUCGAGUCAGCGGAAAAGUCAGCGGGAGGAGAAUGGUAACGGUGGCGGCAAUAGCGUCCGCCGGCCUACGGUUCAGUUUCAGCAGCCGCCGGUUAGUGACGAGUGGCGCCCUAGUCAAGGUGCAUUGCGACGUCACAGUAGCAUCAUAUCGAUUCGGGCCGUUCCGAUGGCGGGGAAGUUAUGUUCCGGCGAUCUAAAGCAUCAUGCGGAAGAAGCACCGAUCGGACCGGUUCUCGAAAACGGUAACCAAAUUGUGGAGGAAGAAGAAGCUCCAGCUGAAAGCGUUACCAGCAACGUUAGCAGCAACAUCAGUCCUCAUCAACAACAACAACAACCACUGCCAAACAGUAACGGUUUCCAUAGGAUUAAGGAUAGGGUUAGGUUUAGCGGGUCGCGUCAGUCGUACCGGGCAAAGUUAGAUUUUCACCACUACCGUGGUGGUUAUGUAGGUCACGGUCAUCUCACUGCCAUCAGCACGACCGAAGAGGAAUCUACCUACGAGGCCACACCGCCGUUGGACGAUGAACAGCAGCACCGAAGCAAUGACAAUAAACGAAUAUCUCUGCUGAAAGCCGCCACGGCAGCACUUGCGACGGCCACCACGUCGGCAACGGCGGUCGUGGUAAUAGUGGCCAGCGGUUCGGCCGAUCUUGAACCCACCGAUCGGGACACCCGUCCCGAUCCAGCCGGUAGCGAUAAAAGCGCAAUGGGUAGCUGCACGCAUAUGAACGGUUCGCCAUCAGCGGACAGACAAACGGAUUGGAACGAAGAGCAACGAAAUGGAAGGGAAUCACCUACAGCGUGCAUAGCACCGUCUCUAGCCGUUGAUUCAAUGGAAUGUGAUAUUUAG